CAGAGACGGCGGGCAGGACACACACGAAGCGGGUGUUCCGGGAAUUAAUUAACCCCGCCUCUGUAGAGACAUUACAUUUUUCUGUCUUUUAGUUAAAGCAGUACGUACGGUAAUUCAGACGUCCCCCAAUGGAGAAAGCAGACCGAGGGAGAUGGUGCUGCUAACGUAUGAGCAACUCUUGAGAAAAAAACCAACGCGAACAGAAAAGCCGCUUACCAAACGGAGAGCGUUCCUCAUAAAAUGUCUGUCUGGAAUAUCGAAGACGAAUACAUUUAUAACAUUCCGUCAAAUAUCAUGUACCAGUUAACAGUAGUCCUGGACAGCCUCGGCAGCUCUGACUGGCUGAAGUUUGCCUCCAUGAUCGUGCAGGAGCACACUGAGCUGCGUCUCCUGGAGCGAGCGGAGGACAGGAGCAGGGCUGUGCUGUGGCACUGGGGGAUGAAGAACGCGCGGGUCGGGGAUCUGCUGGACGUCCUGAAGCAGCUGAACCUGCUGUGGGCGCGGGACAUCGUCCUGUCCUGGAGACCUACGAGACCAAUCCCGUGGCCCGUCAGUCCUGCCAACCUUCCUGCUCCUCCCCCCGUCACCCCCCCUCCCUCGUACCGACCCCCCACCCCCUCCGCCCCCGCCCUCCCCAGCUGCCCUGUCAAGACGAGAGACCCGACAAGAGAGGCUGAGACCAAGAUGUUUGUGCAAGCAGCGGUUCCAAGGACUCUGCCCAAGCCUGGCCCUCCUCCUGCCAGUCUCGACUCACAGGAAGAAAAGCAGGUGUCGGCUUGCUCCCCUGCUUCUCAGGCGCCCUCCAGUUCCCCUCAGAGCAUUGAUCCUCCACUAUCCCAGAAUGCACUGUGCUGGCCGCUUGCUGAGAUUGUCCGCGGCACGGAUAACUUUUCCGAGAGCAGGAAGAUCGGGGAAGGCGGGUUCGGCUGUGUAUACAGAGCCACCAUGAGACACACAGAGUACGCUGUGAAGAAACUCAAAGAAGAUUCUGACCUGGACUGGAAUAUUGUUAAAGAAAGCUUCAAGACAGAAGUGGAAAAACUCCACCAGUACCGUCACCCGAACAUAGUGGAUUUCGGGGGGUACUGUGUGGAGAAAGGGGUUCACUGUCUGAUCUACGGCUACAUGUCCAACGGCUCGCUGGACGACCGGCUUCAUUGCAAGAGAAGCGAGGGCGCCCUCUUGUGGCCGCAGCGUGUAAAUAUCCUGCUGGACUUGGCCAAAGCGAUUCAGUUCCUGCACAGGUGCUCUCCAAGUCUCAUCCACGGCGAUGUCAAGAGCUCCAACGUCCUCCUGGACAGUGCCCUGGUUCCAAAGCUGUCUGAUUUCGGCCUGGCCCGGUUCAGUCGCAGCUCGGCGAGCCCGGGCAGGACCACGACGGUGGCGCGCACUCGCACGCUGCGCGGGACGCUGGCCUACCUCCCUCAGGAGUACCUGAAGACCGGGCGCCUCAGCCUGGAGAUCGACACCUACAGCUUCGGAGUGGUGUUGCUGGAGAUGUUGACAGGCCGCAGAGCUAUGGAAGGAGACAGCAACUCCAAGACCAGAUACCUGAAAGACCUGGUAUCCGAGCCUGAGGAAGACGAGGAGGAGGAGGGGAGCAGGGAGCUCAGUCCCGAGGAACGCACACGGAGAACCGCGGAGCGCAUCUGUCAGCAGCACCUGGACCGGAGCGCCGGAGUCUGCCCCCCAGCUCUGACCCUCGACCUCUGCACCCUGGCCUGCCGCUGCCUGGAGCGGCGCCCCAAGAAGAGGCCCGAGAUGACCGAGGUGUACGAAAAGCUGAAAGAUCUUCAGGAGCGUUUACAGCAGGUCUUUUCCAUCUCCAACUCCCCCUGGGACAGCCCUAACUGCCCCUGGGACAGCCCUAACUCCCCCUCCACCCCCCUGGACUCCCUCACGGAGCAGCUCUCUCGCCUCUGCACGGGACCCCAGGAAAACACCUACUGCGUCCUCAAGCCCCCCGCGGAGACCGCGCUGUCUCUGACCUCCCGGGAGAUCUCCAUGACGGAAAACCGGAGGAGCGCGGCUAAUCCCGGCCGCGGGGCCACGUCUCAAAUCCCGUGCGAGUCCGACGAGUCGCAGGGCUACUCCCAGUACUGUUCCCGGGAUGUUCCCCGCGAUUCUCCCAGGAAUUCCAGCCAGGGGAAGAACAGACUUGGGAAACCUCCCCACUCCGCUGGUGCUCCUGGACUGGGAAGCGUUGCUGGUGCCAGCUGCUGCUGGGAGAGCUGCCAAGCAUCAGAGAAUUCUGGGAGAAUUCUGAAAGGAACCAGUCCAGUGAGGGCCUUGGCCAGCAUCAGGCAAGAGGAUUCGUUGCCCCGGCACGGGAUCGUCAUGAACCCGGCCAAGCAGAAGAUAUUUGAUCAGCUGGCUCUGUACGAGCAGGGGAGAAUUGACAGCUCUGAGCUGCUUUCCACAGAGCCUGACUCAGGUAGGAGUUAUGCCGGUGUGAGCAGAGGCCCAGAGGAGAGCGAUGAGUUUGAAUGCUAGCGAAGACACUGGAUGAACUUCAAACACACACACACACACACACACACACACGCGGACCGUCACUGGCAACAGUUCUCAAUGCAGAAAGAAGCACUUUUAAAAACUGAACCUGACCAGGCUGGCUGGCUGUCUCUCUGUCUCCCUGUCUGUCUCUCUGUCUCUCUGUCUCCCUCUCUGUCUCAGUCGCAUUGUUACAUAUAUCGAGAGAGCCACUUGUCAGUGAGAGUUUUCAGCAGAGCUUAGGGAUGAGAACCGAGAGUGAGAGUGAGAGUGAGAGUGAGAGUGAGAGUGAGAGUGAGAAGAAAAAAACACAAAAAAAUGACAAACGGAAGUUGAAGAAGCACAGUGCAGGAUCAGAGUCUGGGGGUGUUGGGAGAGUUACAUCACAGGUACGCUAGUCCAGGGGUCUCCAGGCUGCGGGGGCUGCUGGCUUCCCUUUCAGCCAGUCUCUCACUUACUUAAAUGAACACCAGUUAUUGGCUUAAUUGGUCAAGAUGAACAGGUGCUCCAGAUCUUUAGUCACUGAUGAUGUCAAGACAGCUGUGAAAACCUGCUGGACCAGGGCUGGAGACUCCUGGCUCUAAUCCAUUUAAACAUCCGCACCAGUAUGUUUGUUUAUUUGUUAGUUUGUUUUAUUUGUUAUAAAAAGUAAACUGCUUUUCAGACCUGCUGGUUAUGUCAGUGAAAGUGAUUAAGCAUCCCGUUCAUAUAUUUUUUCAUUUUUCAUUUUAAAUUUGUUUGAAGGUAUGUAAGCGGGAUAGGUACGUCAGACCAAAGAAUAAGAAAAAGUCUCAGAAUUAGCCAUUGUGUUGUUUUGGGUUACUGUUCAGUCUCCGUGCCUCAAGCCUGCCCUGGACUGGAGGGAACACCCUUUCUCUUAGGGGGGUGAGGGAGGGAGGGAGGGAGCAGUUCAGUCUCCAUGCCUCAAGCCUGCCCUGGACUGGAGGGAGCCCCCUUUCUCUUAGGGGGGUGAGGGAGGGAGGGAGGGAGCAGUUCAGUCUCCGUGCCUCAAGCCUGCCCUGGACUGGAGGGAGCUCCCUUUCUCUUAGGGGGUGAGUGAGUGAGGGAGGGAGCCCCCUUUCUCUUGGGGGGGUGAGGGAGACUGUGCCUUAUUGUGCUUUGUGUUUUACUACACUUUGCUGUGAACUUUGAUAAGUUUGUAACAUUACUUCAGGCUCGUGCUGAUGCAAGCUGAGGUACUCUGCUCUGUAUUUCUACCUCUCCGUCUACAGCAUUGACAACAUUUUACAAAAAAAAAAAAAUAUCCCCAACCCCAGCCGACCCCCAACCCCAGCCGACCCCACCAAACAAAUUGUUCUCAGUCAUACAUAGCUUUAAACACUCAAUCAUGAAAUCUAACAUCAAACCGUACUGUAAAACUAAGCUGUUCAUUUGGUCAGCCUGUAUGAGCCUGGUAAACCACAGCUGGAUGGAUGGAGAAUUCUACAAUACUGGACGAGCAAAACGACCUUAAAAAAAAUAAAUAAAUAAAAAAUGGUGCUUCCCCAGUUCUGUAAAAUGCUCUAAAAAGCCAGCUGUGGCUGAUCAGGGUGUAGGCUGAUCAAAUAAACCCCCAAUUAGACAAACGUUUGAGCUGGUUCUGCAGAUGCCUGUGGAAGAUGAAACGUCGAGUCUAUUGCAACUCCUGUAGCAUCCCUGCCUCCUGCAUUACACACCCAACCAGCGGUACCUGAAACUUCAACAAUCGCAUGACAGGCGCUUCAGACGUCUUUAAUACAACUUUUUACAUUUGGAGUCGCAAAAAUCCAAUGUUUUUAAAGCUUUAUUUAUCUAUUUAUUUGGUAUAGCAGUGGAGCUGUCGGUCCGAUCUCUGGAAGGCUGUAACUCCAGGUUCUGUUUUCACAAUGAACCUGGCGGAGGCGUCCCUGUGGUAUUUUGAAUUGCUCCUUGGGCCAAAAGUGUUGCAUCCCCCUCUAGAGUUAACUGAUUCUGCUUCAUAGAGUCCAACGAAACCUGCUGGAUACUGUUACCUUGUUAACGUAUUGAAUCACACACCAGCUCUUUGGAGUAUAUACUAAAUGAAAAAACUGACAGAAAACGUGACCUUUCGAAAUCUAACAUGAAAUACUCACUGGACUGCUGUCAUGGCUUCCGCUAGACUUUUUUUUUUUUUUUUUUUUGCAAUAUCAUUUUGCAGUUUCUUUGAUUACAUGACAUUAAAUAAAAUAUCUGAAUUAUGUUCACAUAUAUAUAUAUAUAUAUAAUUUUAUAUUAUUAUUAUUAUUAUUAUUAUUAUUUUUGUAAUUCUAGGUAGUGCAAACGCUUUGUCCAGAGCUAUGCAUGGCUUAUCCUGUGGAUAUCUGUCUGUAAGAGCUGGUGUUGUGCUUUAGUGAUCUCUUUAGCAAGCAAAGGGGUAUAUGUGCUUGUGUGUGUAUAUAAAUGUAUAUAUAAUAAACCUGGACAUGUGUAUUGUUUCAAGUUAAUACUACAGGGUCGUGUUUACAUUUCGUGCGUCCUGGUGGCGGUGAAUUUGGGGGGGUGGCCUGUAAACUGCUAUAUAUAUAUAUAUAUAAUAUAUAUAUAUAUAUUCGUGUGUGUUUUUAUGAACAUAAUUUAGAUAUUUUAUUUAACGUCAUGCAAUCAAAGAAACUACAAAAUGAUAAUCGCAAAAAAGUCUAUACCGGAAGCACAGUAGCCUAGUAUUUCAUGUUAGAUUUCCAAAUGUCACAUUUUUCAAAGCAAAACAUUUGGCCACAGCUGUAUAUGUUAUAAAACAUAAGUUAUAUUAUUAAUAAGAAGAGGGAUGCAUAAGAUGAGCUGUGAUUGUGUUUGUUUUUUUUAUAUAUAUAUAUAUUUUUAAAAACAUGUUAAUCAGCAAACACAUUUGGUAAAAAUUGGAUUUAAAAAUGUGGGACUUGUGUUUUAUUUUUUUAUACUUUUAUUUUGUUAGUUUGAUCCAUUUUCUAAAUAAUCUUGUCUUUUUGUACUCCUUUCCAGCUGCACAUGCAAGUUCUCUUUGUAAAUAACAAUAAUAAUAAUAAUAUUAAUAUUAAUUAUGGUAAUAAUGCAUUCACUACAGAUAAUUUAAUUUGAAUUAUUGGCGGAUAAUGGGUUGUGAGUUUUGUAAAGUCUGUUAUUUGUGGAAUAACAAAGUCAGUAUCCACAGAAAUCAAAUGUCAUUAAACAAAAAUAAAGGAUUUCACUUGGA